ACGCGUAACGAUAGCAGCCAAAUCCGAGAGCUGCAAUCGUGGCUAAAACCCACCUACAAAUAACACUUCGGAGCUCAAGAAAACAAAAUCCAGAAAAGAGACGAAAUUUUCACCGCAGAUGCCGGUAAAGUGUGCGAGUAAAUAAAUUGGAUAUACAAAUAUUUGUGUGCGGGAAAGAAACUACAAAAUUGCAAGCAAACAAAUAGUGGUUACCUAGUGCAAAGUGUGAAACUCAAGCUAACUAUUUAAUUGGUAUAUUUAAGUUCAAGAAAUGAGGCCAACUACUUUUUAAUGGAAGCCUCUGCAACAGGAAUAAUAACCGACCCGAGGGAACCAGCCUCAUCAGCGACACGAUCCCUGUGAUGUCCACGGAAUGAAAAGGAAACUCGGAAAGUUGUCGUGCCGUUACUGAGCGGAAAAACAGCCCAGAAAAGGCAAAAACUACGAAAAAAAGUGAAAAGAAAAUGAAGUCUGUCAUUCUAUAUCCAUAUGGACCGCUAACCGGCGGCACACGCUGCUGUCGCAUGUUGCAUGCCAAAAAUUUGGCCAUAACAAGUGCAAUUUACACAAUUAAUAUAUCGCUUCUCAUCGUACUGAUAUACUCGUGGCGCAUCAAUGUCAAUAUGCACAAGUCGGCGGACCUGCAGGAUGUCUACUACGGUGUACAAAUAGCAUACUUUGCCAUAAUCGGCACACAAAUGUCCAUGAUAUUGCUGAGCAUUGUGUUAAUAUUUGGAAUUUGUCGGGAGAACCCCGGACUAAUUGUACCCUGGAUAAUUGGCUAUAUAACAUUUAUGGCCCUGGAAGCUGUCGCCAUGGUCUACUCCAAUGUUCUGCGCGAUCAUGUAAAUAAGCAAUUUGACGCCAUGUGCAAGGCCGAGGUGGCAUUUUUCAUAGCUCGAGCCCUGAUUAACGUGCUGGCCAUGUGGGGGGUGCUCCGCUUCUACAAUCUGGUUCGCUCUGGAAUCACAUGGCGAGGUCCAGAGGCCAAAACCGCCAUUUUUGCGCCGAUGUACAAGAGUGUGAGUACGAACAAGCCGCACACAUACACGUACAGCAAGCGGUCGAGGCGUCGCCAUAGUGUGGAGGCCACUUCCGGCGGAUGCUGCGCCAUCUUCGACUUCGACUUCGAGUAUGACGACAACGACGACGACGAUGACGACGACGAGGCGGCCUACGGGGAUGGAUUGGAAACGGAGGACGAAGUGGGCUUCGACUACGACGACUACUACGAUUACUACGACGACGACGAGCUGGCGGAGCAACAGCAACUGGGAUUGCAGCAGGACGAUGCCGACUGCAGCAUGUUGGGAGCAACCAGGGCGACCAGGUCGCGCUCCAAGCCGCGAUCUGCGCUGGUAAAGGUCAAGGGUCAGCGGAGCGGAGGUCGCCGCACCAACAACAACAUCCGCAGCGUGCUGAUCAACAAGCGGCACAACAAGUACAAAAUCGCCCGGCCGCAAACGCAGCUGGAGGUCAUCAACGAGUCGGAGAAGAGCGCGGGGAGCGGGAGCGAUGAGAACGACUCCCUUUUGGUGGCCUAUGACAGCAGUUCGUCGCUGGCGUCGGUUUGACAUUGGCCGCCAUGCAAAUCGGGAACCGGAAAUGGAAAUGCAGCCACUGCGGCAGGCGGAAGUGAUGGAGUCGGCGGCAAGGGGCACUGCAACUGCGGGGACAACAGAACCGAAACCGGAAGCGGAAAUGGAAGUGGAAGCGAGACCGACGACGACGGCGAUCCUGACGAGGGCCACUAUCUGGAACCUGGGCGUGCGAAGGUCGGUGGUCAAUGUUGUGGUCAGCGUCAACGCCGACGUCCACUGCGACGCGUCUACUGCGCUGUGAAUCUGUCCAUCAUGGGCCUCCUGGUGGCCGUGGAGAUAUACGCACAGAUCGCCAUAUUCCUCUAGAUCGCAGCCCCCUCAUCUCAUGUCAUCCGAAUCAGAACGAGGUCUUCCAGGGCCACGAGAUCAUGCGAAGUUAUUCCAAAGACCAUUUAGUAUUUUUCGAGAGCAGAAAAUCACACCUUUAAAUGCCAGCAAAGACUACAGCUUUAAAUGUAAAUACAAAAAACUUCUUAAAAGAAAAAGAAUAAAAUAAAAAUUGAAAACUUUAAACUUUAACCAGCGCUUCUACAACAUUUAACAAACUACUAAAGAAUAUGCUUUGACCAUCUAAUAAUAAAUAUACAAAAUUCACUGCCUAAUGGCCUGUUUAAUUUUCUUUUUUUUUGUCUUAAUUGAUAAAAUACUUAUUUAAAAAUAUUUUUUAUUAUUUAUGUUAAAACGAAUUCACUUAAAACAUGUGUGACAACUAUGUUUUCAAUAAAAAUUGACAUGAAUUGCUCCAUAAAAAUAAAUGCAACUCCUAAAUUCCAAAUGUAAAUACUAUAUAUGAAAAAGGUCAAAAUUAGCCACAUAUUCAGUACUAGUAAGAACAAUAAUAGAAAUAAAGUUAAGUCUAUAAAAAUACUAGUAAUUGUUUCUAUCCAGCAAGAUAUAAAAAAUCCAUUAUUAACAGGUCAACUCUGUAAGAGAUAAAAACACAAUUUUUGUGUUGUCAUAAGCAUAAAUUUUCAACAUUUAAGUUAACAGAUAAAAGCCACUUUAUUGCAAUGCCCAAUUGAAAGCUUUAAAUUAGUUAAAUAAACAAAUCUCAUGUCUAUCCAAAACAAAAAAACAAGCAGAAAAGCCCGAACAAAAGCAACAGAAACAAUAAAAAACAAAUUGAAAAAAUAAGCUUAACAAUAAACGAUUAAAAUGUUUAUGAAGUGCUUAGGAAAUUACUUUGUAAAUACUUCCAGCUAUCUAAAAUCGAUGUCAGUGACGUACAAAUAAUAAGCGAAAUAAAACCAUAUCUAUAAAUGUUGUAUAUAUAGUAAGUAGUCUUAAGUACAGUUGCGCCAAAAAACUAGACAAUUUAAAGCUAAUCAAUAAAUGUGAGUUGAUGUAUACCUUACGAUAAACCAAAAAUAAACACUUGAUAUUUGUGCAAAA